AUGCUGGCAUCUGAAUUGCCAUUCGAAAUCAUUUCCCACAUUGCCAGCUUUCUUUCAUUCAAGCGCAAAUAUAUAUGUACAGUUGUUUGUAAAUCGUGGCAAGCUCCCCUUCAAGAGUCUUUGUGGAGUGAAUUACGAAUUUUUAAUCGAAAAAAGAUGGAGAAGAUAUGUGACCAGUCUACUGACGAAUACCAAAGCUACCACAGAAAUGGACAGCAUGUAAAAACAUUGUUUCUUGAAGGAGAGUUACGUGCAAGUGAUGGGGAACUUCACACCUUUCAACAACAUUUUCAAAGCUUAAAUUCCUUGACUAUCGAACAAAAUGGCCUGAGCAAUGACAACUUUGCCGCGACUGCUAAUUGGAACCUUUGGGGAAAAUUAACUGAGCUAACAAUCCACUUGAGUAAAUGGAACUCUGACAGCUCAGAAAAACCUUUUCUCGAUAUAUUUGCUUGCUUACCUUGUCUGACAAAACUACGACUUUCUCAGGGAUGGGUUAAUGGUUCGAUGUACUUUACAUGGAAUGAUUUCGAGACAAUACACGAUUAUUUGCCACGACUCGAAAGCUUGUCAGUCAAUAUGACUCUUGCCUCGCUAUCAUCAAACGAUUUGGAUCUCAUUCAAGACGUAAAACCAGCAAAUCGACUAGUAAUCUUUGGUCCCGAAGCCGUUUACCAUGACUACCGUUGGCUUUGUUAUUUCGCUCUUAAAUAUCCGAAUAUACACACACUUGGAAAGAUGUCCUUUGGUAAUGACAGACUUGUAGAAGACUGCCCGAGCUCUAUGAUACCGUGGUUUGAAAGCAUUUCAUUUGUAUUCCAGUAUCUCAAGGCAAUAACCUCUGUCAUCGGAGGCCACGAAGGAAAACCGAACCUCCUAUUUUGGAAUGUCUUAUGCCCAUUCCAUAUUCCAAUCAAACGCUUAGAGUACGAUGUACACGUAAGCUUAAUCACGCCAGGCACAUUUGAAAGCAUUGUCAAAGAAGCUGUGAAUCCAUUUUCCAAAUCUGUCGAGUCUGUCUGCAUCAGAACAUACAAUUAUAUUCGUGGUCUGUGGGUACUCACAGCUACUCUUGACUACUGCCCUAACCUAGUUGACUUGAACCUUCGGAUACGUUGCGUUAUUAUUGAAAUGGAUAUACUGUUGAAUCGAUGUGUAGCAUUGAAGCGAUUAAAGCUAUCGGGGGGCUCUCUUAUAAUCAGUCCAGAGGCACCAAAAACCACUACCUUACAUGGAUUGCGAAUGAUGGAACUUACAUUUAUAAAAACAAGUUCUAAAACACUCAACAACAUAUCUUUCCGGUGCAGACGCCUAAAUUAUAUGCAGUUGACUAAUACUUCAAUCACUGGAUCUAUUUCUUCCACAACUGGUAAUCUUUGUGUCGAUAUGUCAUACACUCGCUUCAAAGUACUUCUUCUCCGAAACGUGCGAUUCAAUAUCUCUGAAAUACACAGCGACAUCAAUAAUAUAAACUUUAUGGUCCUUUCUAGACCAAUCAUUGACCAGCAAUUAAGAGAUGAUACAAGGCACCGCAGAAGACGAAGAGUUUCUUCAUGGUAUCGACUCCCAUUUUUUGCAGCCCAAUCUGAUGCCUUGUUGUCAAGUAAAGGACACCCAAAGAAUGGCGUAGAAGCUACCUGGUUUUACACUCCUCACAAAUAUGAGGGUGUUGAAGGGUGGAUGUCACAGACAUGGGUACUCACAGAGACAGAAGUCAAGAAAGCUCUCGACUAUUACAAUCAUUUUAACCAUGGAGAAAGCACAGCAUUAAAGAAGCAAUAUAAACCAGCUGAUAAUAUACGAAAGAAGAGAAGCGAUUGGAAAGGAGAUCUAUUCCGCGGCUAUGCUACACUAAAAUGUGGAUAUGUAGCCGAGUACACCAUUGGAAGCGGGUGGUUUACAGAUGAUUACGUUUGGCAAAGACUGUUCGUUUCUUUGAAUUAA